GCGACUGCGGGAGACGCGGGGGAGCGUGUUCGGCGCGGCGCGCUCCGGCGCCGCCCGGCGCGCAGGGGCAUUGUGGGCGCUCGGCUGCCGCCGCUGCGGCUUUCGGCGGGUUCUGUUAAAAUGGCGCCUUAGGUAACGGGCGGGCGGCGGAGGAGGUAGUGGUCGGGAUCACGCGCCGGUUGGAGGCGGGGAGUCGCUUUUCGCGUCCCUCUCCUGUCAUCCCGCCGCGUCUCUCCUCGCUCCCGCCUCAGCCUCCUUCUCCUCCCCCCCCCGCUGCCUCCCUCCCCCGGACAAGGAUGGCGAGUCCGGACCAGAAGUCCCCCAAUGUCUUGCUGCAGAGCCUCUGCUGCCGCAUCCUGGGCAAGAGCGAAGCCGAUGCAGCCCAACAGUUUCAAUAUGCAGUGAGAGUUAUUGGAAGCAACUUUGCUCCUACUGUUGAACGGGAUGAAUUUCUUGUAGCUGAGAAAAUCAAGAAAGAACUUGUGAGGCAAAGAAGGGAAGCAGAUGCUGCUUUGUUUUCAGAACUCUACAGAAAACUCAGUUCGCAGGGUGUUUUGAAAAACAAAUGGUCAAUACUCUACCUCCUGCUUAACCUUAGUGAAGAUCCACGUAAGCAGUCUAACAAGGUAUCAAGUUAUGCCACACUCUUUGCUCAGGCAUUACCACGGGAUGCUCAUUCAACCCCUUAUUACUAUGCCAGGCCUCAAAGCCUUCCAUUGAAUUACCAAGACCGCAAUGCUCAGUCUGCCCAGAGUUCUGGUAGUAUGGGGAGCAGUGGGAUCAGUAGCAUCAGCCUGUAUGCCUUGAAUGGGCCAACACCAACUCCACAGUCACUCCUUCCAGGACAAUCCUAUCAAGCUCCAGGCGUUGGAGAUUGCCUCCGUCAGCAGUUGGGGUCACGUCUUGCAUGGACUCUGACUGCAAGCCAGCCUUCCUUGCAAAGCACUACCUCAAAAGGCCUUCCCAAUGCUCUCUCCCGCAGUGUGUCAAGGUCAAGGCGAGAAGGGGAUACAAGUGGCUCUGUUGAAAUAAAUGAAGCAAACCUUGUAAGAGAUGUUUUAUACGUCUUCCAGGGAAUAGAUGGCAAAAACAUCAAAAUGUGCAAUUCUGAAAACUGCUAUAAAGUAGAGGGAAAGGUAAGCUUAUCUAAAUCUCUCAGAGAUACUACAAGUAGACUUGCAGAGUUGGGAUGGCUACAUAAUAAAAUAAGAAAAUAUACGGACCAGAGGAGUUUGGAUCGUGCGUUCGGACUUGUGGGUCAGAGUUUUUGUGCAGCCUUACAUCAGGAACUCAAAGAAUACUACCGACUUCUCUCUGUUUUACACUCUCAGCUGCAAUUGGAAGAUGAUCAGGGCGUGAAUUUGGGACUUGAAAGCAGUUUAACACUUCGUCGUCUUCUAGUGUGGACAUAUGAUCCUAAAAUAAGGUUAAAGACUCUUGCAGCACUUGUUGAUCACUGUCAAGGGAGAAAAGGUGGCGAACUGGCUUCAGCAGUUCAUGCCUAUACUAAAACAGGAGAUCCCUACAUGAGAUCUCUGGUUCAGCACAUUCUUGGCCUAGUAUCUCAUCCUGUACUGAAUUUCCUUUAUCGCUGGAUUUAUGAUGGAGAGCUGGAGGAUACAUACCAUGAGUUUUUUGUAGCUUCAGAUCCUACAGUUAAAACUGAUCGGUUGUGGCAUGACAAAUAUACUUUGAGGAAAUCAAUGAUCCCUUCUUUUAUUACAAUGGAGCAAUCAAAAAAGGUCCUCCUAAUAGGAAAAUCCAUAAACUUCUUGCAUCAAGUUUGCCAUGAUCAGACUCCAUCCACAAAAAUGAUUGCCGUUGCAAAGUCUGCAGAAUCUCCAAAAGAUGCUGCUGAUUUGUUCACAGAUCUGGAAAAUGCAUUUCAAGAAAAAAUUGAUGCAGCUUAUUUUGAGACCAGCAAAUACUUGCUUGAUGUUCUCAAUAAGAAAUACAACUUACUGGAACACAUGCAGGCCAUGAGGCGCUAUUUACUACUUGGCCAAGGAGACUUUAUCAGACACUUAAUGGACUUGCUCAAGCCAGAGCUUGCACGACCAGCUACAACUUUGUAUCAGCAUAAUCUGACGGGAAUUCUUGAAACAGCUGUAAGGGCAACUAACGCGCAGUUUGAUAAUCCUGAGAUUCUUAAACGACUGGAUGUUCGACUUCUGGAGGUGUCUCCCGGGGACACUGGAUGGGAUGUCUUCAGCUUAGACUAUCAUGUUGAUGGGCCAAUAGCAACGGUAUUUACACGUGAGUGCAUGAGCCACUAUCUAAGAGUAUUUAAUUUCCUUUGGAGAGCAAAGCGGAUGGAGUAUAUACUUACUGAUAUAUGGAAAAGACACAUGUGCAAUGCAAAGCUUUUGAAAAGUAUGCCAGAUACCAGUCAUAUGAUGGAGAUCAUCUGGGUACUGGCUGAGCCCAUGCGAAGCUUUGUGACUUCUUUGGCUUUCCAGCUGCUGCUUAUACACAUUACAUGUUUUUCAUCAAAUGUGUUUUCGUCUAAAACGUAUUGCUUUGUGGAUGGUUAAUAAACUAAGCUUCAGUAUCUUUCUUGAUUUGAAAAAAGAAGAUAGAUAAAAAAGGGAAUCUAAGGCAAUAUAACAUUUUAGUUACAUUUGUAGCCUUUACUUUUCUGUAAAACAAUCUCUUUUAUGCCUAACUUGGUUCCAUUACAGGGUUCUAGUUUUGAAGUCAGAGAAAACAUCAAGUUUCCUAACUGCAAGUUCAGAAUGGAGUAGGUAGAAGAGUUGAAUAGAUAUUGUUUUCUGUAUGUUUAAGAUAUAAACAAAUAAUCCACACAGUGGCAACUCUGCAAAACCUGAGCACUUUGAAUAUACAUUCCUUUUGGUAUAGAGCAUUAAGGUACAGCACAGCGUAAAAGAAGUGCUCAGGUGUAUUUUCCUUGUACGCAUUUCACCUUCCCUCCACCAGUGUUUACUCCUUGUACUUACCAUUACUUUUCUCAACAACCCUGUCUUAAGACUACACUAGGUAGCACACUCUAGCUCUUCUGUGUAUAGCUUCAUGCUACAGCCUGAAAGAUGGACUCCUGGCGGGGGACUUCUUGCACAGAUUUUAUCCAAAUACCAAGAAAAUGUUGUCUCUUUCAAUCAUUCCUCUAGCGUGUAUCUAGAAAACAUGUUCUGGCUCUGGUUAGCAUGUCAGCUACAGGCCUGUGGAGGUGUUAUUUGGUUCUUUUUUCUUUUUGAUGAAGGUGUCUGAGGACCUGCACAAUGACAAGAAAUAUAUGAUUUUGACUCCUUGUCUCUUACUGGUGUCACUGAAUGUUUAGAUUUAGCUUAAGACAAAAUGUUCUAGCCUCACUGAACCUUGUGCACAACCUGAACCAACCGGAGGUCUCAUGUUCUUGUGCAUUUCCCUUAGUGCUCCUGGUGGCUUUUGCGGCUCUCAGCAAGAAGGAGUUCAUGACUUACUCACAUAUCCUGGCACCGAAGGCUGGACUUUGUGAGGAUGGCAUGUAUGUCUUCCUAUUAUGCCCACCUCAUGUUGAGAAGGAAAUAGCAGGCAACUUGAGACUGUACUCCACGGACAAUAUUGCCAUUGCCCUCCCCCAUGAGAGACCCCAAACUGUGUCUCUGCAUGUUUCAGUUAUGGAGUCCAUCAGACCUGUUUACCAGGUCACUUGUGGAUUUCAGAAGCUCCAAGAGCUCACCACAAAAACUCUGUGGUUCUGGUGUGGCCUCUACUCAGCCUGGCUCGGAGGCAGGGAGAGCAGCUUUAAAAGAGACCCUUCUGGAGCUGCCUAGGAGAGGCAGCAGGAGCGAAAGGGAAGGUGCCUCCUGCUGCCUGAUCCUUCUCCAUUGCCUUGUGUUCAGCUUCCUCGAGGCCUUCCCACUGUCGCCUGCAUUUCCCUUUUCCCUGUGCUGCAGGUAAGCAGCCUCAGCGAGGCAGCCUUCUGAGCUCCGGUGUUUUCCCCUCCUGCAUUGCCUGGGCUCUGGCUGAGCUCGGACCAGAAGCGGCUCAGCUAGGAGGAGCUGAUUUGGAGAGGGAAGUGGAAGGUGUGCAGGGUAGCGGCGCUGGUGUGCUGAGAAGGGAUUGGGAGCUUCCGAUGGCCCUUUGGAGCUGAGAAGAUCCUAGUAUCUCUGAGCAUUUGUGCUGGCUCAGGCUUGACUUCUCUGCCCUAGCUGCAUGUCUGUAAGGAACUCUAGCUCGGGAGGGAUGCCCUUCUUUGUGACAUGGUAAUGUUUAGCAAGAUGUAUGUAGGUGUUUAGACUGAGGACCUUUUUGGCUGGUGGGAGUAGAGGGGUAAAGCGGGAAUGCCAGCGUCCAUGUUUAGUGUUGCUUGCAUGAGUUUUGCAGAGCUUUGGUGUUACAGAAGCGCAGCUACUAGAGGCUGCAUUGUGGGUGUUUUCACCCAUGUGCCUCUUCAGAGAACUCCCCCAGCAGGAACUGCUAGCCUGGCUUGAGAGCUUCCCUUCUCCAUCCCUUGCUCAUCUGUUCCUGAUGGGAAUGGCUAACACCCCAGCUCUUUGCUUGCCUUUCCCUCGAGUGGUGUAAGCAAGUCUUUGACUUCUUCCUUAGUUGUUUGGGCUCCGAGCAUGGGGGUGUCAAAUGCUAGUGCAGGUGUAGCACUCCCCUUUGUGCUGUGUCCUUUGAAGAGCUUGGACAGUCGUGGUUUAGUCAACUGAAGGCUUGUAGUCUUGGCAAGAAGGUAUUGGCCUGUAUGUGUCUCUCUGAUAGGGGGGUGAGUGUUGGCGGCCCUGGUGAUCAGUACCUUUGGGACGGGCAGGAAAGAGAAAGGAAGGGCAGGGAGCUUCCUCCAUUUUUCCUGUCUUCUGAUAGGAUUGGGAUUUGUGGGCUGUGGUGGAGCAGCAGAGCCGAGUCUGCCCAGCUGACUCCCCCUGGGUUUCCCAGCAGAAGCACUGACCCUGUGUCUCAAGCACAAGUUCUUCUGUUCCAAGUCCAUGAAUUCCAUUUCGUCUUGUCCAUUCAAGGUGAUGUCGAGUGAUUUCCGAAUUGCAAAAUCUUGGGUGCAGGGGAGGCAGGAAAGGUCUGUGAGGAAAGAGUCGGUGGCCCAGAAGAACAUGCACAGGCAGGGAGGCAGCUUUAUGCAAACGGCAUUUCUGUCUUUACUCAUGUUUUGGCUUGUGUGUCCCCCGACUUCUAUAAUGACGUCAUGGGAGUGUGAAGGGCUCAGUUGUGCAAGCCUGGCCGUAACUAGCACGCAGGGGGGUUCUGUCGGUUCCGAGACUCUGACGUGAAUUGUCCUCCUGGACACGAGUUUAACAUGCCCGAGGUGCAAGUACGUCUUUUCCUGCAGGACCAAAGUUUCCAAUGGCAAGGAGGUGGCUUUGGAAGAAAGCCUGGACAUGCAGGCACUGGCACAGUAUUUGUUUCUUCUCAGAGCUUGUUGCUUCCUUCUUUGCAGAGUCCAAGGCUGCUCUUCAGCUCUGAGGUACUUUGCUGUCGGCUUUGUUAGACUUGAGGAGGCAAGGAACGCCUCUGCCUCUGGAGGGGGCUGGGAAAGAGGCUCUUGUGGAGUCUGCUGUGAUUCACAGGGCUGGUCUGUGGGACCUCAUGGCAUGACUCCGUUUCUUCCUCUUCCUGGGAAAUGCCAUUUCCUUUCCUAUCAUUUCUCUGUCCCCAGUGAGCGCUUCUCUGACUCCAAGCCAGUGUUUAUGGGUGUUCUGCCUUGCGGACUCCUUUGAGACGAGGGAGCAGGUAACCACUUUCAUUUUCCUCGUCCCAGAGUUUUCAAGCAGGAACUAUCUCCCAUUGUUAGGGACUUGUUUUUGCUCAGAAGGCAGUUUGGUCUGUGUUCCUAUUUCCCCCCUGCCAGGAGGCAUUUCUUCUGCUUUGCCAUGGAGCAGUUGUUUGCAGAUAAAAGCUGCGUUGUCACCGACUUCUGUUUUGGCUGCACGUUCAGCAGCACAGGUGUUUAGGAUGCUGGCCAGGCCCCUGUAGCUCUUGCUGGCUGAAGGAGGCCAGCAUGGGCUUCUCUGGGUGUUUGCCUCUGAGAAAGGAGUGUGUGUUGACAAAGACAUGGUCUGCCCUCUGGCUGGAGGGAGGAGAGGAGCAACUGGAGGGGCUUUGUCAACUCCCUAGAAGUAGUGUUCUCUUUCUAGGAUAGCUUUAUUGCCCAUUCCCAAACCGUAUGAACACCCGGGAUUGUAGUGCUUUAAAGGAGUAAUGGCAGGCAGUAAAGUCAAGCUUGCUCUGUUGCUAUUAGUAAUGUGAAGAAGGAAUACCAGUGCAUUCUCAUCACCAAUGUUAAGGAAUUUCUACUGUUUUACCAGCCCGAGAGGUUAUUUUCAUUGACCCUAUUUCAAGUUGAUGCAGCCUAAAGUGUUGGAGACAGUCUUCCUGCAAAUGUGUGAGGAAUGAAGAACAGAGGAGCCGGCUGGUCUGUCAUUCAGCGCAGUGAAUGGCUCUGUAACAUCCCAGCAGAUGAAAAGGCAGCAUUCCUUUUGUGGCAGUCUCAGUGCUUGUCUACAGCUGCAUGAUCACUUUGGCAGCUGUUGAGAGAGAGGACUUCCUCUCCCCAGACGUCUGCCUAGUUCCAAAACGUUGAAUAGCUGCAUACCAGAGAAUUAUGCCAUUGACGGUUUUCUUGACACUGCCCUUCUGCAACAGAGAUACCGUCUUCUGCAGGUGAGCAGCUGAGGCUGUAAGGAUGACUUGCCUCUGGGUCUGUGUGGUGGCAUGAGGAACCGAGCCUGGAACACCUGAGUCAUGAACUCCGCAGUCCUGUCACAGCCAUCCUCCAUUUUGGUCUGAGUGUAAUUAAGUAAUGCAAAUUCUGCUCUCUCUGUCUUUGAAGGCUAAUUGCAAGACAUCUGAGGAGACUGAAGAAGAAGCAACUGUGGAUCUGUAGGCUUAGACUUUCAAUCAAAGAGUGCAUGGAACAUUCACUGUAUUUUGGUCUCUUGGGGGACUGCAAAGGUCUUUUUCUCUCAUGAUGCUCCGCAGGUUUUCAGCACUGUCUGAUCACACAGUCAGCAUGCUCUUUGGCUCUCUUUUCAAGGAGUUCAUUGUGCAAAGUUCUUUGAUCUUGCGUUACCAGCCAGUAUCGCAGUUACCAUCCAAGUUUCAUGGCUGUUUUGUGGGGUACUCCGUUUGGCAGAAUAAAAGGUUACCAAGCUGGUUUGAUGGCUAUUGCUGUCCUUUUGGUCUUUAACAUACCAUCUCUUUGAAUUUUUUACAGAGCUUUCUGGGGUGCUGCAUCAGUGUCACGUUCUGGCAUCAGAAAUGGUCCAUUUCAUUCAUCAAAUG